UCGAGCGUCUCGCAUUCGCUCGCAAACCUGCCAACCGAACGGGUGUGCGCGGUGGCGAACGGCAACAGCAAAGCAGAACAACAAAACACCCGGCAACAACGACCUCGACUGUACUGUAGAGAGCAGAGAGAGAGAGCAGCAACAGCAGAAGAGGUUCGUCGCCAGCACGCUUCGUUUGGUUAGAUAUUGGUAGCCGCCUGGGCCUGGUGCUACACUCUCGCGUUCCAGGCUUUGUGUUGGUGUUUUCUGCAGAGAUCUUACCCAGCAAAGGCAACCCGUAUCUGUGCAGAAACGAAAGUGUUUGUGUAUAUAUGUGUGUGUGUGUGUCUGUGAAGUAGUGAACCAGCAAGAAAAAGCCUCUGCCAGACGAGAAUGUGCUAAUCCGCAGAGUGUUCAACGCCCCUGACCCCCCGUCGAUCAAACCAAUUUCUCUCAAUUGAUGCCUAAGCCGCCGCGUUUGCCUGUGCUGUGUGGCGAGAUAAUUGGCUGUUAGAAAACCGUUUCACACUGCCGUCACCAUUCAACACAACCCGAGACAGCUGAGCACACAAAGAAAUCCAUACAGGGCAAUCCAGAGCGGGCAAGAUGAAGAUACUGCUGCCAGUCGUGACCGUGCUGCUGGUGCUGGUGCUGGCACCCGCCGGGCACGGAGUGGCGAUCGGUCCGGGCUGGCUGGCGCUGAGCGAAACGACCAAGGUGCUGCUGCGCAUCGCGGUCGAUGUGGCGGAGAUGCAGCUCGGCGACAGCAAACCGUCCCCGAUCAGCUUCAACCAGGACCUGCGCAUCAUGCACACCAUCCAGACGCUGUCGGCGGAGAUGCGCGAAAGCCAAACGGCCAUGGUCGAUAUCCUCGGGCAGCGCGUGCACGACGUGAUCGAGAGCUUCGGCCACCGGAACCGGUUGGUCGAGCGGCUCGAGAAGCUGUACAUGAUCGUGCGGCUGGUCGAGCGGCGGGAGGCCAGCAUGUACCAGCUGCUGCGGACGGACACGCCGGUCGAGCAGCUGACGCUUACCCAGUUCGCGCAGGCCACGGUCGACGUGAGCAAGUCGGACAGCGUGAUCGAGCUGCUGCACAACCUCGAGCUGCUGGUCACCGGCAGCACCCAGGUGCUGUUGCCGCCCGGCCGCCAGGACAUCUUCUCCCAGCUAAACGAGACGGCAAGAAGCGUCCUCUGCAGCUUCGGGCUGUCACCCCAGCAGCUCAUCUACGUGCUGUACGAGUCGAUCGCAACGACCGAACUGAAGGGCUAUAUCAUGAUGCAGUUCUCCUACAUGCUGCUCAAAACCCAGGGCCAAGGUAACUUUACGGUGGAGUCGCAGGCCCGUCGGAACGAGCUGCAGACCCGGCUCGCCCGCACCCAGCAGCUGGUAAGGAACGUGAUGAACCAAACGAGCGGCGAGUACUGGCGGUGCGAUCCGGACCGUGGGGCGCACCGCGAGAACGUCACGUACGUGCAGUUCACCCGCCUGGUCCAGGGGUACGUCGAGAACGAGGUCGACAUGACGACGGACAACACGUGCCGGGAAACGUGCUCGCACUACAAGUACGGGCACGAGCAGCACCAGUGCUACAAGGAGCUGUACUGCUCCCAGCAACCCAAGUGUGCCGGCCGCAUCUACGACUGCGAGUACAUCGACUCGGACAUGUGGAUCUGCCCGGCGGCACCGGGCGGCACCCGGCGCUACGAGUACAUCGAGUACGAGAACGGGGAGAUGCGCGGCCGCAAGCAGAGCUGCCCGCGCGGCUCCACCAAGGUCGACUCCUGGUGGCGCUGGCUGUUCUGGCACUGUAGCUACUGCUUCUGCUACUGCGACGAUGCCGGCCGCCACUCCGAUCGCUACGUCAGCCUGCGCGAAUCCGUCUCGGACAUGGAGCAGAACCGUGUGGUAACCGGGCUGCGCUUUGUGAAGCGCCGCCAGAUGGUGCACCUGAUCGUGCAGCAGGGGCUGCUGCUGCCCGGGGGCGAGAUUGCCAACAGCACGCUCGAGUGGGUCGUGCCGAAACCGUUCACCCACACGGACAAGGGCGUGCGGGACGGGCACGACUACCACACGCUCUCGUACGAUCGGCGCGCGAUCGACCUGGACGACGUGCACGUACCGCCCGGCUACGUGGUGACCGGCGUCCAGUUCCGCGUGCUCGGCGCCCGGCUCAACCUGCUGCUGCGCAUGACCGAGAUGAACUUUACCGCCGGCAAGCUGGUCGGGCUGGACGCGUCCAUCUGGAGCGGCAGCUUAGAGACGGAACGGACCGAAAUCCCGCUCAAGUACAUGGACGUGCCGACGCUCGCACCGGCCAAAUCGGUCCCCAUGUCCACCCAGAACCAGUACCUGCGCUUCGGGCCGACGGGCGGCCGGGCGGACGCCGCCCAGACGACCAUCCCGUUCCUGGACGCGCAGCCGGUCAGUCCGGUGCGGCCGACGCCGCUCGCCGGCGCCGGCCUCAUGUACAAGGGCGUCCCGAAGUACGGCGGCUUUGUCGCGCCCAAGAUCAUGACGUACAACUUCGGCGCGCACAUCCAGGACCCGACCGACGAUUGGUUUGCGGCGGAGCUGGAAGCACGCAGCAGUGGUGCUGCCGGCGCCGGCAGCGACAGCGGCUAGUCGAAAUUAAUGCUACGAAGAGAUAAAAAAAAAAAAAAAAAAAACAGAAAUGCCAACUGCCGACGCCGCCUCCCCAGACACAGAGAGAUGCAAAAAAGCACGUCUUGUGCAGGGGUUUCAGCAAUGCCUGAAGGCUCUCCACCACCUCUCCAACGGGGAUAGAUAGUUCAGCUCGUUCAGCGAGCCAGUUUACCAAAAGAAGCAAAGCAAACUAAAGGCAAAAGUCAAAUAUAAUAACAACAAAAACUCCCAAUGGUAGUAAUACAUCCGAAACCGGAUACUUAUAGCGAGUGAGAGCGAGCCAGCGCAGAUAUUCUCUGCUAGAUAAGCAAAUUCCCCUAAAAAAAACCUGUAAUCUGUAAACGAUCGAAAACAAAUAAAUUGGAACGGGGGAAACCCCACUCCUUACAACCUAACACA